AUGUUUGCACACAGAGCGGAGCACGAGCGCGUCGGACAGACUGCCGGAGCCGCUGUGCCUCACCAACAGAUGAGACGCCUCGCCUCGCCAUACCCAGUCGAUCGAUAUUUGGUUGAGAGCAGCAAAAAGUUUGAAAUGGUUAAUAUCAUAGAUGACGAUAUAUGGAACACAGAGCCAGCAUUAAAACCAGAAGAUGAAAUAAUAUUAAGGAAACUCCACGAUACGCUGCAAUCGACUGCGGAUGACCUGAAGCUACUGUCCGGGGAAUUGACAAAAUUUCGUGAGCCAGGCGUGCAAGUCAAAACAACUCCCACGCCAUUAGACGAGGAAUUCAAUGAGAAAGUUCAUAUUGAGGAAAUUGUAAACGCCAAAUUUCAUGGGUACAAAAUUAUUGAUAAAUCAGCAUCUAACAUACCUGAUAAUAAGUCUAAAAAAGAAAUUAAUCCUUCAACUGACUCAAAGUAUCAUAAAAUCCCAAACAUUAAAGCUUCUGUAAAUGUUGAAAAAGUAAAUGAAAAGCCUAUUAUUAAUAGAAACUUAGGAAAAUCUCGAACUAAAGUAAUACAAAUAACUGGUAAUACAAAUAGCACAAAGACUGAAAAGCUUAAUAAUGGUACAGUGGUCAAUGCACCAACUGUUGCUUAUAAUGAAUAUUCUUACGUGUACGUAGAACCAAAGCCUCAAACGCCUAACAAAAAAUUGCAAGUUCAGGAAAUGCCAAGUAUAAACAUUAGAAGUGAACUCAAAGAGCAAAAAGUUUUACAGUUAGAUAUUAUGCCAGAAGUAACGAAACGUGAUACACCUGAUCUCGUUAAAAACAACGUAACUGUCGUGGCGAUUCACCACGAGACGUGUAAACCGGUACAAACACAGCCUACUGCGAUGCUCCAAGACGAAACAUUACGCUAUCAGUCGAGUCGACCAACCACAUCUAGAAAAGUAUCUAAAAUGUCAACAUGUGACAGUAGUGGCUCCACUAACAAUAUAAGUUCUGACACUAAAAUCAAAUUAAAAACACAAAAACGUAUUCUUACAAAUAUUAGAACUUCCCCGAAAACGUCAGCCCGUUGCGACCGUAAGAAAAAGAAUAGUAAAAAAGAACCUGAACAGAGACCUCACUUGAAUAUGGACGAAUGGCGAAAAAAACUGAAUAGUGUUUAUGGAGCAACAAUAACCUCUAAAAAAACUAUGUCGUCACAAAGUAAAACUAAAAAACCCACGUUAAAGAAAUCAAAUAUUCAACAAGACAAUAAAACUAAAGCAAAUAAUUUGAACAAUACCGAGUACAUACCAUACUCAAAAUUAACUGUUGGAGGAGUGAGAGCAAGUGACAUUGAACGAGAAAUAUCAGAUAUUCCUAACAAGAAGGAUAUACCAUUAAGUCCUAUUUUAGACCGAAUCUUAACCAGUAGAGAAAAUUCAUUUAGCUUGAAUAGCUCUCAAACACGCCAACCAAACGAUAAAGCAAAUAUUUUUACUACGUCUGAUGAAAAUUUAUUACAAGAAGUGAUUGAUAUAGAGAAAACUGUAAGCGAGACUUUAUCACAAAAUUUAAACAACAUCAAAUCAAAAAUAAAGAUACAAGGUGAUGAGGCGGAUGACAAUGACAGUUAUGCUGACGACUUUGAAGAAGAAAAGUCAGCUCAGUCAGGCUCUGAACAGUCAGGCAGUCAGAAAACAAACACUUUAACUUCAAACAACGAUCAGAAGUCGUUUGACGAAGGAAAUAACACAUCUGAAAAUAACAAUAGACAUAGAAGCGUUCACAGUACAGCACGAGAACCAAUGUCAAGUCCAUCACAUACUAAUAUUAAGCUAAACGAGACGUAUAGAAAGACUUCUAAUUUGUCUUUCAAAAAUGAAGUUGAUGUAUUUGAAUAUGUGCAUUCUGUCAAUACUCAGGAUUCCGCCACACAAAGCAAUACCGAACUGAAAUUAUCUCUUAAAGAAACUCAAACGUCGCCUGUCAACGACAACACCAUACAACCAAUUCACAACGACCUUUGGCCAAGCAUAGAUCCUAAAGGAGAAGUAGAAAAAAUGUUUCAAAUUGAAAAAGAAUUCAUAAAAAAGCUCAUUGUGGAGGAGUAUGGCGACUUAUUAGAAAAGAAUAUAGACAAACCUUCGACUUCAAAAGAAGUUCAGUUAACAUUGAACGUAGCUGCAUCACAAAAAAACACUCAAACGUCGCCAGCACAUGUGAAGAACGUCAUGACUUCUCCAACAAAAACAAAAACUAGAACUACUUCGCCAUUUUCAAAAAUAACCGUCGAUCAUCACACAAGCCCUUUGAUAUUUGUUGUUGAUGAAAAUAAUGACAAAUUAGAGAUAGAAAACGAUGAGGAACCUGGCAUUUCCAUAAACUUGUCAUCUCCAAGAUUUAGUUUGCGUUUGCCGCGAACAUCUAGAGAAGUUUUAUCUAAUUUAGAAAAUAGUGUGCCAAGAACAGCAAGACAUAGUGCUUCAAAAAUUAAAAAUGUUAAGAAAAAUUAUAUAACAACGCCGAGUACAAGUUCCUUUGAAGCUGACUCUUCAGAGAUUAGUAGUUUAGGUGAAGUGAAACUUGCUAGAAAAUUAAGUAGAGCUAGGGUUGUUUCAGAAACUGAUUCGAUAUCAUCGUCUUCCACGUCGGAAGUACACUCAGGGAUCUUACCUCUAAGGAGUGAAGGCGAAAUGAGUGUCAGCUAUAAACAAAAAUCUAAUAAGCAACACAAAAGUGAGGGAGAGGCUAGUGUUGGCCUGUUUUAAAUGAAUUUAUACUAAUUUUAAUUUAUGCUAAUGAAAUCGUCAUUAAAAUAUCUAAGUGGUGUCGUAUUUAAGUUAAAUUUAUUUGUUAGAGUACAUUGUAAUGAGAAUCAGAAUGCAGUUCUUUUAGUUAUCUACAUAAAUGUAGUGAUUUCUAUGCUAUAAUGUGCUGUUUUGAACAAAAAUGUUAAAUAUCGAUUAAAAGUCUGAAAUUGAAUAUUGGAUUAAGUUGAACUGCAGCAUGGUUGAUGGAUGAUUGCUUAAAGUGAUAACAUAAACUACUGAUUCUCAUUAUAUGGCAAUACUGUGAGGUCAGUGUCAAUGAUAUUGUUGUUCACCUAAAGUACAAAUCAAUUAAAUAAUAUAAUUUUAAUGUACAUAACCGAUAUCUGUGCCGGGAUCAUUAGCGGAAUACAAAGAGAAAACUUAGUUACUUUAGGCUUUCAAGUUAUCUAGUUCUAAAUAGUGUUUUUACUGUUUAAUGCUCCACAGUAGAGUUCGUCUUCCAAAUUCCAGCAUGUACUUAGUAUUUAAUGCGAGGUGUUGUAGAGAGUUAGCACAAAAACGUAAGAUCUCAAAUUUAUAUAAAAAUAAAUAUCAAAAAUGUUCCGAUCCGCUAAUAUUAAAUUGGUGCACGUGUUUUUAUUGUGUAUUUUUAAAGCCAUUUAGUUUUAUUAUAAUUAGGUAAAUAAGUGUAUUUUUUGCAUUGUGAAUUUAUGAUGAUUUAAUAAAAUAAGUUAUUAGAAAAA